GUUCUGGUCGUAAGCGCGCUCGGUGCACCGGGUGCUUACGCAGCCGCCCUGCGCGGGGGCGGCCGGCGGGAGGGGGGGAAGCAGAGGUGGCCGCCAUGGAGGCGAAGCCGGCGGACCUCCUGCUGUGUGACAGCCUCAUCCUCUGGUUGCAGACGUUCAAUACUGCUGCACCUUGCAGAGAUGUUCAGGACUUGACUAAUGGGGUUGCCAUGGCCCAGGUACUUCACCAAAUAGAUGUUGCUUGGUUUGAUGCAUCUUGGCUAAAUCGCAUUAAAGAUGAUGUUGGUGACAACUGGAGAAUAAAGUCCAGUAAUCUGAAGAAGAUACUGCAAGGAAUUAUGGACUACUAUCAUGAGUUCUUGGGUCAGCAGAUUUCAGAAGAGCUUAUUCCGGACUUAAACCGGAUAUCUGAGAACUCCGAUCCCACAGAACUGGGCAGGCUUCUGCAGCUUAUUUUAGGCUGUGCAGUCAACUGUGAAAGGAAACAAGAACAUAUACAAAAUAUCAUGACCCUUGAAGAGUCUGUUCAACAUGUUGUCAUGACUGCCAUUCAAGAGCUCAUGAGCAAGGAAAUAACGGGUCCUUCCACAAGUGAUGCAUCAAGUGAAAUGGAACAGCAGCUUAAAAAAGCUUUGGAAGAUCUUCAGGACGCACUAGCAGAAAAAGAAGAGCUGGCACAAAGAUGUCAAGAGCUAGAUUUACAGGUGGCUGCCCUCCAGGAUGAAAAAACCAGCCUGAUGUCAGAAAAUGAGAUUAUGAAUGACAGGCUAGAGCAAUUAGAUGACUCUCUUGAUGAUCCAAAUACUGUGGUUGCAAAAAAGUAUUUUCAUGCACAGUUGCAGCUGGAACAACUGCAAGAAGAAAACUUCAGGCUUGAAGCUGCAAAAGAUGAUUAUCGUGUCCAUUGUGAAGACCUAGAAAAACAAUUGAUUGAACUGCAACAUAGGAACAAUGAACUAACCUCUUUGGCAGAAGAAUCUAGAGCCUUGAAAGAUGAAAAUGAUAUUCUUAGGACUACUGCAGACAAGGCAAGUAAGCUGGAAUCAACCGUUGAAGUGUAUCGUAAAAAGCUACAGGAUCUGAAUGACUUCCGCAGACAAGUCAAAUCUCUGCAGGAAACCAACAUGAUGUAUAUGCACAAUACGGUCAGUCUGGAGGAUGAACUGAAGAAGGCCAAUGCAGCACGUGCCCAACUAGAAACCUACAAAAGACAAGUCCAGGAGCUUCAUAACAAACUGUCUGAAGAAUCAAAAAGAGCUGAUAAGCUAGCAUUUGAAAUGAAGCGACUUGAAGAAAAACACGAAGCUUUAAUUAAAGAAAAAGAGAGACUGAUAGUACAGUGUGAUGCACUAAAAGAGACAAAUGAAGAGCUUCGGUACUCACAGAUGCAGCAGGAUCACCUGAGUCAAACAGGCACAUCUCGUGUUAAAAGCCAUGAGAACCUUGCUGCUGAAAUUCUGCCAGUGGAAUAUAGAGAAAUGUUUAUUCGGCUGCAGCAUGAAAAUAAGAUGCUUCUAUUACAACAGGAAGGAUCAGAAAAUGAACGUAUUACAGAGCUCCAAGAACAGCUGGAGCAAAAGCAUCGGACAGUGAACGAACUGGAAACUGAGAAAAGGCUAAAUGAAGAGCGUAUUGGGGAGUUACAGCAGCAGAUUGAAGAUCUGCAAAAGACUUUACAGGAGCAAGGAUCCAAGACUGAAGGAUCUAGCAACCUGAAGCAGAAAUUGGCAGCACAUAUGGAAAAGCUGAAUGAAGUGCAUGAUGAGUUACAGAAGAAAGAGGCUGAUCUUGCAGAACUCCAGCCUGAUGUUAGUCAGAACCCCCAGAAAAUUGGAGAGCUGGAGGCAGCUUUGCGAAAAAAAGAUGAGGAUAUGAAAGCAAUGGAAGAAAGAUAUAAAAUGUACCUUGAGAAAGCAAGAAAUGUGAGUGGUGUAUUUCUGAAUGUAUAUAUUCCUCCCUCAUAA